AUGAAUGAAGUAAUGGAUAUACAAAAUAAUGAGGAUCAUUUAAAUAAAAUAAAUUAUACAGCACUAUAUGAAACUUUUUUUAAAGGAAAUGAUAAUAUUGAAAAUUAUAAUUUUUGGUAUCAAAAACUUAUUAAUUUUAAUUUAUCUGAAAAUGAAUCAUACGAAAAUAUAAGUAUAAUUAUUCGUGCUAUGCAAUAUAUAAUACAAUAUGAGCAUACUGUAGCUGAGGAAUUAAAAGAAAUUUCUGAAAAAGAGGCUGUUGAGAUGGCAGAAAAAGAGGAAAAUUGGGAACAAGAAAGACAGAUAUAUGCUGAAGAAUUAAGUAAUUUAAGGGAAAAAAUUACAAAUGAUGCUGGAUAUGAUGAUUUAACGGAAGCUUUUAGAGAUGAAAUUAAUACAUUAAAAGAGGAAAAUAAUCAUUUAAAACAAAUAGGAAGAGAUAGAGAUAGAGAGUUAGCUGAUCAAAGAGAAAAAGAAGAAAAUUUAAUAAUGAAAAUUUCUAAUUUAGAAAAAGAUAAAAAUAUGAAAACUUAUCAAUUAGCACAAUAUGAAGAUACAAUUAAAGAAUUAAAUAGAAAAGUUAGUAGAAAAGAUGAUUCAAAUCAAAAAAAUGAAUGGGAAGUUAAAAAGUUACGUCAAAGAAAUGAACAGGCAUUAAAAUUAAGUACACAAUUAGAAGAUGUUAUGGAACAAAAUAAUAAAUUAAAAAAAGAAGUUGAACGGGUAACUACAGCAUUAGAAGAUGCUACAGAAUUAAUAAAUGAAACUACUGAAAAAUAUAAUACUUUAACAAAACAAAUGACAGAAGCUGAGGUAAAUAUUAGUCAUUUGGUUGAGGAAAAUAAUUUACUUCAAAGGCAAUUAAAAGAGAAACACAAUGACUUACAAGAAUUAUUGACACAAGAUGAAAUUACAGGAAAAGAAUUAAAUAGUUUGGUGAAAAAAAAAGAUUCAACGAUUGAGAGAUUAAAUAAUGAAAUACAAAUUCUUCAAAAUGAGAUUGAACAAUAUAAAAGAAUAACAGAAUCCGGAAAUUUAAAAAAAGAUUAUGAAGAAGAGAUGGAAGUAUUAAAAGAAGAAUUGAUAGCAGCAACAAAAAUAGCUAAAGCAUUAUUUGGAAGUAGUGAAAAAACUGGUAAUAAUGAUGAAGAUCCUACAGCUGGAUUAAGAGUUAGACUAAUACAAAUGGAUAAAAAACUUGAAAAAAGUAAUGAAGAUAAUAAAUUAUUAAUAAAAGAAAAAAAGAAUUUAGAAGAUCUUAUAGUUGAAAAGGAGGAGGCAAAUAUAAAAUUAUAUAAAGAAAUAGAUAGAUUAAGAAAAGCAGCAUUUGGUGAUGGGGAUUCAGAAGUUAAAAGAUUAGAGGAACAAAUAAAAUUUAGGGAUAAUCAAAUAGCAAAAUUAAUACAAAAAAUUAGUUUAAUGGAAAUUCACCUUAGUGAAAUGGAAGUUAAUAAAGAAAAUGACAAUGUAAUCAAUGAUAAACAAAUUCAGGAAGACAACAUAGAUAAUAUAGAUAAUAAUAAUAUAAAUAGAGUAAAGCGAAAACACAAAAGAAGGAUGAAACUUCAAAGAUCUAAAUCUAUUGAUGAUAAAAAUAUUAUUCUUUCUCCCUCUUCAAAUUACUAUGAAGAAAAAACUUAUGAAAAAAAUUAUUCAUCACUAGAAGCAAGUGCUCUUCUUAUAACAAGUUUAAAUGGAGAAAUAAUAAGAUUACUAGAAGAAUUAGAGGAUAAAGAUAAUGAAUUGAUAAAAUUAAAUAAAUUAUAUAAAAAUCAAGAAAAUAUAAUUGAUGAAAUGAAUACUAAACUUUUAAAAAUUGAAAAAUCUGAAAAUUCUACAAAAUUAGUUAAAGAUGAAAUUGAUACUAUUAAACGUGAAUGUUCAGAGAAAGUUGAAAAUAUUUCACUAGAAUUAGAAAAACAAAAAAUAAGUAAUCAAGAAUUAAAAAGAAUAUUAUCAUCAAUUAAUUUAGAUGAAGAUGAAAAAAUAAGAAGGUUAUCAGAGUCAUCCAGAAGAUUAGUUUAUGUUGAAAUACAAAAUGCAAAUAUUAGAAGAGAAAAACGUAUAUUAGAAGACAAAGUAGAGACAUAUAAAUUAUUAGUUGAAAAAAAAGAAAAUAAAAUAAAAUGUUUAGGUAAAAAUAGUGAAGAAAGAAUACAGGAAAUAAUGUUUCAAAAUGAAUUAAAUGUUAUUGAAAUAGCUAGAUUACAAAAUAAUUUAAUAAAUUCAGUUCCUCAAUUUGAGUAUGAAAGAGUUGUAGAGAAAUAUAAAAAUUUAAUGCUUCAAUUUUUUAAUAUAACUGGAGAGAAUAAAGAAAAUAUUAAUGAAACUGCUUUUACAAGAAUUGAUAUAUUAAAUAAUAAUAUUAAUGACAAUUUAACUAAAGAACAAUUGAAUGCUGAAGUAAAAAUGCUUAGGAAUUUAAAUGAAGUUAUUAGUAAUCAAAGUGAUUAUUGGCAAAAGGAAGUUGAAAAAUUAAAAAUAGAAUGUAAUGAGAUUAAUGAUUUUUUAGAAGCUUUUAGAAGUGCAAGUGAUUUACAAGAUUUUAUUGGAGCUAUUCAAAGAAAAUUUGUAAAUUGUUUAACAAGUCAACAGGAAACUAAAGAUGAUCGUAUGAUGUUAGAAAGGAAGUUAAAAAAACUUUAUAUAGAUUCUAAAAAAGCUGAAAAAGAGUGGAGAAAUGAUAGACAAAAAUUAGUUGAUGGUAUUAUGCACUUAAAAAGACUUUUAGAAAGAGAAAAAAGUAAAAAUUUUUACAGCAUAAGUGUUGAUGAAAUAGCAAUGUUAAAAGAAAAAAUGGAUAUAAUUGAGGAAAAUAAAAAUGAAAUUAAAAAAAAUUUAGAAGAAAUUGAAAAUGAAAAAUAUAAAUUAAAAUUAUUAACAAAUAAUUUAGAAGCUAUGCAAGAUAGUAUAAAAGAAUUAUCAUCAAAAGAUUCAAAUAUUUUAAAUUAUCAAAAAAUUAUUCAAGCUCAUAUAUUAAAUAAUAUGACAUUAAAUAAUAAUAUAAAAAGUUUAAAUAGAAAAUUAGAAACAAAAGAAAAAGAAUUAAAUGAGAUUAAACAUAUUAAUGAAGAUUUAGAAAAUUUAAACAAAGAUUUAUAUUUAUUGACUGUUAAACCAUUAGAAAUUACACCAAUACAAACUAUUGAUUUUAAAGUUUAUGAAAAUUUAUUCAAAAAUUCUGAAAAUUUAAAAAAAAUUGAUAAAAUAGAUGAUAAUAUAGAUGAUACAACAAGUAUUAAAAGUGAAGAUAUUUAUAUAAAUAAUAAAGAUAAUCAUGAUAAUAUUAAAACAAUUAUAAUAGAUAAUUCAGAUGAUUAUGAAAGAGAAAUACAAUCAAUUAAAAAAACUGCUCAUAUAGCAAUAGAAGGUUACAAAAAUCAAGUUAAACAAAAAAAUAAAUCUAUUGAGGAGUAUAAAGAAUUGGUACAAAAAAUGAUAAUUGAAGUUCAAAAUAUGGAUAAUAAUUUUAAUGAAAAAAUUAAAUUAAUUAAAGAAAGUAAUAAAAAAAUGGUAGAAAAUUCAUCAAAUAUAACUUCAAAAGAAACAACACCUGAUAUUAGUCAAAAUAAUCUUUAUAUAAAACUUCAAGAAACUCUUAAUUUAAAGGAAAAAGAAUGUGUAAAACAUAUAAGUGAACUAAAAGAAUUAGAGGAAGCUUAUCUUGAUUUAACUAAUAAAUAUAAAAAUAAUGAAAAAAAUGUUUGUGAUGUUGGAUUACAGACUUCUAUUGAUGAUAAUACUUUUAAAAAAGAUAGUACUAUUAUGUCAGAUAAAAGUAGUAGUAAUAGUGAAAGUUCAAAUAAAAUUAAUGAAACUGUAGAUAUUACCAUAAAUGAUGAUAAUAAAACUACCAAUAGAAGUAAUUCAUCUAGUAGUGUUGUAUCAUCAUCAAGUAGUGGUGCUAGUAGUUUAAGUAAUAAUAAUGAAGUAGAAAAACAAAGUAUCAAAAGUUCUAAUAUAGAUGUUAAAAGUAUUACAUCUACAAGAGAAGAUAUGUUAAUAUUACAACAAAAAAAUGAAAUACGAAGAUUGAGAACUAAAGUAAUAAAUAUGGAAAGGAGAAAUAAAGAAUUAGAAAAUGAAAAUACUGCAAUAUCUGAAAAAUUAUCUAAAUAUACAAGAAAAACAACAUGUGAUUUAUCUAAUAAUCUUGAUGUUGAAAAUCAAACAUUAAAAACUGAAAUAACAAAAUUACGAAGAGAAGCAGUAACUAUGAGAAAAAGAAUAGAAAAUUUAAAUAAACAAGUUUUUGAAUUAGAAAAAAGUAAUAAAACAAAAAUACGUAGUGAAAAUACUUCUGUUGAAAGGUGGAAAGAAAAGAAAACUUUUGAUAGUACUAUAAAUAUUUUAAAAAGGCAAUUAGCAGAAUCCAAAAAAGAACAAAAAGAGUUACAAGAAAGAAUAGAAAGAAGAGAUAGAUUAAUAGAACAGUUACAUGAAGAAAAAGGUUCAUUACGUGUAGAAGCUGCAAUGAAAAGAGCUAAAAAUAUUGAGAAUCGAACUGCUAUUGUUAAAUCUGAGGCAAAUAUUUUAGAAAAUAAAUUGAGAGAUGAAAUGACACUUCAACAAGCAAGAAUAGAUACAUUAAAAGAAAAAUUAACAAUGUUACAUAAUGAAAAUAUUUAUUUAAAAAAGAAAGUUUCUAAAUUAGAGAAAGAAAUAAUUGAACAAAAAGAAAUGUUUGAAAAAAGUAAGGAUGUUGUAGAAAAUGAAAAUAAAAUGGUUGUAUUUGAAGUGGAUGAUAAGUAUACAAAUAAUAAAAAUGCAAUUCCGGAAAUAAUAAUACAAGAGGAUUCAGGGUAUGAAACAACAUAUCGAAAUCAUUCAUCUGAUAAUGAAGAAAAAAAAAUGUUAAGAAAAGAAUUACGAAUGGUAGAAAUUAAAUGCGUGGAACUAACAGAACAAGUAACAAAAUUGCGUCUAGAAUUAUUAGAGUAUCAAGAAAAUUAUAAUAUAUUAAAAAGAAAAUACGAGGAUAGGAUGACUCAAGAUAAUCAGUUAGCUUCAGUUAUAAUAUUGAAAGAUAAGAUUGAAGCAAAAGAAAGAUUAAUCAGUAUUCAAAGACAAAAAAUAGAAGAUUUAGAAAAAGAAUUAUGGGAAAGAAAUAAUCAAAGAACAUUUGAAGUUCAUAGUGAUGUAUUUUAUUAA